AACCCAAACUUCCUGUACAAUGUGCAUUUAUUAACUCCUCAGCAGGACCCAUGAAAUGAGCUUUUAAAGAUAGCUUGAAGCAGGACCAAAAAAAGAAAAGUAAAGGAAGUGACAUGGCGUCCUCACAGGUGCGCCUGAGGAUGUUCCCCGGCGUCCGCUGCCUGUUUGAUAAAGCCACGCAGAUCAAAGUGGAAGGCCUCGCCCCCAACAGAACCGUCCAGCUGAGAUCCAAACUGGUUGAUGACAGAGGGGUGACGUUCAGGGCGCGGGCCCUGUACACAGCCGAUCAGAGCGGCCAGGUGGACGUGGGCAGCUCRGCCUCCCUGGGAGGAAGCUACGCGGGCGUGGAGCCCAUGGGUUUGUUCUGGGCCAUGGCGCCUGACGCUCCGCACAGUAAACUCCUGAAGAAGAGCGUGCUCAGCCCAGCGCUGGUGGAGUUGGAAGUAAUCAGCGAGGAGAGCGGUGAGCUGCUAGCUUCUGAAACAAACCAGAGAGAAUACCUGACGGCAGGUAUGAAGAGAYUACCUGUGGAGGAAGGCAACAUAAGAGGGGUCCUCUUCAUCCCACCAGGAGACGGCCCGUUUCCUGGAGUUAUAGACUUGUACACGUUAGGAGGAGGUCUUUCUGAGCCCAGAGCCAGCCUGUUGGCCAGUAAAGGUUAUGUGGUGCUGGCGCUGGCCUACUACGGCUACAAGGGUUUACCUAAAAACCCUCAGAACCUGGAUCUGCAGUACUUUGAAGAGGCUGUGAGCUAUCUGAAGAAACGACCAGAGGUACCAGGUUGUGGCAUCGGCAUCAUAUCCAUGUCACACAGUGGGGCUCUGGCUUUGUCCAUGGCCUCCUUCUUCUCCGGGAUCGCAGCAACCGUCUGCAUCAACGCCUGCAACGCAAACACCGUCCUUCCUCUGCGCUACAAGGAGCAGGUUUUCCCUCCGCUCUCACCCGUCUUAAAGAACGUUAAAGUCACAGACGCCGGGCUCGUAGACAUCCGCGACGUCUUACCGGACCCCUCCCUGGACAGGAACAAGGCGUCUCUGAUCCCGGUGGAACGAUCCAGCUGCCAGUUUCUGUUCGCCGCCUCCGAGGACGACCACAACUGGAACAGCGUGUUUUUCGCCGAGCAGGCUGCGGGAACGCUCCGAGCCCACGGCAAACAGUCGUUUCAGCUGGUCACCUACCCGAAGGCCGGCCACUUCCUGGAAGUCCCUUACGUGCCUCAUUGUCCGUCUGGGUUUCAUGCAGCUGUGGGAAGGGAUGUGGUGUUUGGUGGGGAGCCAAAGGCCCACUCUGAGGCUCAGCUGGAUCUGUGGGAAAGAGUCCAGCWCUUCUUCAAGAGUCACUUGGUCGACCAGAGUGCUGCUAUUUAAAGCCUCAAACACCCCUACUGCUCAUUAACAAUCAGCUUAAUAUGUUCCUGAGCUUCACUGAAGGUCACUGAAUUAUUAAAUUACUUUGGAUGAGGUUUCUACAAGUGGAGACUUUGACUUUUCAUUUUUGUAGAAGAAAUUAAUCAUCAAUCUUACAAUUAUUUAAAUCUGUUCAUCUAACUCAAAAAAAAUUAUAUUUUCCUUAAUAUUUCCUGCAGAAGGUCAGAAAUAAGAGGAGAGAAGCAGAAUUUAUUUUAACUCUCCCAGGUUGUUUUUCAUGCUGCUCACAUUUUAUUUUAUUUAUUAAACCGUUAUUUAUGUUUUUUAAGUGCCAAACACAAACCUGCGUUUUUGGUGAAAUCAUCUGAUACUGUAAUUGUUUGGUUUAAAAAGUCACGCGUUGUUGUGUUUUAGAAAUAUUUUUACUAACAGUUGUAUGAGAACUUGAUUUUUACUAUAUUUAAGAACAUUUUCACAUUGUGAUUUUAAACGAGUUCUGUUAUCAGUUGAUUGAAAACUUAUAUUAGCAGACUGGUUAUUUUUACUGCGAUGGGAUCCUUUAUUGUUCCACCUGCAGUUUAUUAAAUAAUAGUUGAGUUGCUUUUAUUGCUGCAGUAAUUAGACUUAAAGAAUUGUAAUGAGGUCAUUAAAAGACAUUUUAAAUGGUCUUUUCUUUAAUGUUCUGAUUGUGUAUCAGAUCAACCUAAUUUAUUAUUUCUCCUCUGGUGGUUUUUGAGAUGGACCAGAGACCUCCUCCUGAAAUAAACUCUUAGAACCACAACGAUGCUUCAUCAGAACCAGUAACUCAUUAACACAAACUGUUUCUUCAGUUGGACAAUGUAAGAAAUUUUCUUUCAUUUUUUUUACACUCAUGCACAUUUUUAUUUUUACUUGUGCAUAUGUCAUGCAUCUGCAAAGUUUUUGCAUAUUUGCAUGUUUUUAACAAGUGGCAGUUGCAUGUAGCAUUUAGUUUUUGUGUGUUUAUUCACAGUGAACCUCCUGCACCAAGCACCAGGACAAACUGCUUUACAACAAUAAACCUGCUUCUGAUUUACGGCUUUCUUUAGGUUCACAGUAAAAAAGAAAAACAAACUCUUAAACUAAUGUGACAAAUACAUUUUUUUGUUCAGUAAAA